UGUGUAGUCCAUGAUGUAUCUAUAAUCCCUUUAGACGUUUUUUAAGGUUGUGUCGGCGGGCCGCUUUCUCAUUUCUCCGAUUAUAUCCCCCGCCGGAGAAGUGUUCUCUUCUCCGACGACCCUCUUUCUCUCUCUAGAUCUAUUAACUAUUCAUCUGCAGAUCGAUUCUUGCUUCGAUCUGCAGAUUCUAUCCUUUAUUCAUAUAGCUUACACAAUUCUAUUAUCGAAUCAAUGGCAGCAGCAUCGAGACGAUUGAGGGAUCUGCAAUCCAAGCCUGGUAACAAGGUAUGUGUCGACUGUACUCAAAAGAAUCCUCAAUGGGCAUCUGUUUCCUACGGAAUCUUCAUGUGUCUUGAGUGUUCUGGUAAGCACAGAGGUCUCGGAGUUCAUAUCAGUUUCGUCCGAUCUGUGACUAUGGAUUCAUGGUCCGAGAUUCAGCUUAAGAAGAUGGAAGCUGGUGGAAAUGAUAAGAUAACUGAAUUCCUUUCUGGGUAUGGAGUUCCUAAGGAGACGGAUAUUGUUAAGAAAUACAAUACUAAUGCUGCGUCAAUUUAUCGCGAUCGUAUUCAGACGAUCGCUGAUGGUAAGCCGUGGAGGGAUCCGCCUGUUGUGAAGGAAACCCUAGGGGUGAAUCAGAAGAAACCGCCGCUUGGUGGUGGUGGUGGUGGUAAGAUUGGGGAUUCAGGUGAAAAUGGAGUUGGAUGGGAUAGUUGGGGGAGUUAUGAUGAUGGUGGGUUCAGAUCGUCGAGUGUUGAUGGGAGGAGGAAUCAGUCUGAGAGUGAUUUUAGGAGCGGACGAAGUGAUGGUCCUCCACGGUCGAAAUCAACUGAUAAUGUUUAUUCUCGUGCUCAAUUGGAGGAUUCUGCUGCCAAUAAAGAUAGUUUUUUUGCUAGAAAAUUGGCUGAGAAUGAGUCUAGGCCGGAAGGAUUACCACCUUCCCAAGGUGGGAAGUUUGUUGGGUUUGGUUCUACUCCUGCGGCUACCCUUCCUAGGAAGAAAUCUCAACAAGAGGAUGUGCUAUCUGUUGUUACUCAGGGAUUUGGUAGACUCUCUACUGUUGCAGCUUCUGCUGCUCAAUCUGCUGCUAAUGCUGUUCAAGUAGGUACCAUGGAAUUCUCAUCCAAGAUGAAAGAGGGAGGAUAUGAUACUAAGGUGAAUGAAACAGUGAGUGUGGUUACUGCAAAAACAACAGAGAUUGGACAUAAAACAUGGGGGAUCAUGAAAGGAGUUAUGUCACUUGCAACCCAGAAGAUGGAGGAAUACACAUCCAAGGAAGGUGGUGGUGGUGGUUCAAGUUGGAAAUCAUCGGAUGGUGGGGGCUGGCAAAGAAAUGAAGUAGCCAACGGUCACUAUCAGCCAUUCCCUGAAGGAGGGAAUUCCUCAACAAAAUCGAGCUCUUGGGAUGAUUGGGACAAUGAUGGGUAUAGGAAACAAGAAGAACAGCUUCCCAAAAAUGGUGGAUCCUCAAAGAAUGGAGAUGAUUGGGCAGGAUGGGAUGAUCAAAAGGAUUCUUCUUCAGAGGAUAGCAGUAUGUUUGGGAAGAAGAAUUCAGGUAUUAUUGGAACUGGUCAAAAUGCGAAAUGGACAGAAGGCGGUUUUCUAUGAUUUCUAGGUUAAAUAUCAAAAUCAAUUGUCUCUAUUUUAAUCCCCCUCUUCAAACUGCUAGUGUUUUCUUUCUUCAGUCAUUGGGUUGUGUCAUUGUGUGUAUUAUUAUUGAUACUUUUUUACUGCGUUUUAAAAGAGAAACGCACAGUCAAAUAUUUUUCUUUUCUUUUUAAGAGAUUGGGAUUUUGCUUUG